AUGGUUGUGUUACCUACUGCGAGGCCCUUUAGUGCGGCUUCAAGAGCUCGAUCGACAAGGAAGUUUUCCUCGAAGCGGGAACCCACAUAUCUCGGAUCAGGAUGGUGCACUUCGGGAUCGAGGAGCUUUUCAGGCUCAACGGUAAUGGCUGUGUCAUCGGCUUUCUUGGUGCGUGUUGCGGUCGUGCGGGAGACAUCGUUAUUUCGGGAUGCGUUUAGGGCUGAAUUUUCUUUUUGA